UUCCUUUAACUAAUUCGCUCUAACCAGCUGAGCUAUGAUAGCUAUAAAGGCUCAUAAAUCAAAAGAGAGCAAAGUUGCACCCUCAGGGAACACUCCCCGCAGGUUCCCAGGGAGGAGAAUGGAAGAGUUCAGCUUCGUUCAUUUAUCGUCGAGAGCGCGAGAGAUCGCCGGAGGCCGGGAAGAGCUCCUCGGGCUGUUGCGCGACGUCCCGGAGUCCGACUACGAGCUCUCCCUCACCGACAUCGUCGAGAAGGGAUCGGUCGACGCGCGUAGUUCGGUGUCGAAGGAAAAGGCGGCGGCUUCGUCGCAUGGAGGAGAGCCGAUUGAUCCAAAGACGAGAGUGGUGAAGGAGAAAAAGAAGAUCAUGGUCCGCAACGGCAGCUUCAGGAGUGCAAGUGAUGGAGUGCUCUUGAAUGUGUAUUUGCCUGCUUCUUUGACGAGGAGCUUAACUGCACCAAGAAUGAGUAGGGGUGCAGUUCAUAGAGCCACCACAGAGUGCAACAAGAGGGAUACAAAGCCCGCCACCCUCGGAUGUUGGUCGGCGCUAUGGCUGCAGGGAAAGCCGAGGAGAGAGGCAGCAGCAAAGAUCAGAUGAACCAAAGAUCUCUGCAGAUUGGAUUGCAUUG